AAAGCCUGCACAAACAGAAAACACUGUUCCUGAAAUGCAUUGUCGGUAGGACAAUAUUCCACUCUGAGUUGUAGAAGAAGUGGCUUCAGGUGUUCUAGUAACGUUUAAAUACCUCUAAAUUUUACAAGUUGAGUGAAAGUAUCUCACACAUUUUACAGUUGUACUUGUUUUGUAUGCAAACUAUGACGUCAAUAAAUCCGUCGGUAUGUUUUAAACCAAUCAUAGUUUUGACUUUGCUGAUUCAAAGAAACGAUGAGGGCGGGGAGAGGUCACUUUGUGUGGGGGAAGAACUGAAACCAGCUUCAGCCUCGUGCACACAUCCUCUCUCUCUGACGGCCGCCCUCCCGCUCUGCUGCUCCGCUGCUCUGCGUCUCAGACAGCUCACUGGUGGUUUAAUGAGGUGCAGAGGAGGAGCUGUGCUCCGUGCACCAAGAGCGAGAAACUUCCCUGUCAGUUGUGAGUGUGACAGCAAGGUGAAGCGCAGCUCGCGGAGAGUGAACACCUUCAUCCUCUGGAUUGCUCCGCGUUUUCGUCAGGAACUUUGCUGGAUUAUGGAGUGACUUGAUGGGAUGAAGUCCGUGCGUAAAAGGGACGCUUGGAAACGAUGGAUUGGCUUCUCCUUGGAGCACCUGGGGAAUGCGCGUUAUUGGAAAGUAUCACAGAUCUUGAAGUGAGAGUGGAGCAUUUGCCUAUUGUGAAACAGACAGAGAAAUCCGUGCAGGUAUGAACUCCACGGCCGAGCCGCGCACCUUCCGGCCGCCCACCAUCCCGGCGAUUAUGUUCAUUUUCGGGGUGGUGGGGAACGUCAUCGCCAUCGUGGUUCUGCGAAUAUCACGGAAGGAGCAGAAGGAGACGACUUUCUACACGCUUGUGUGUGGCCUGGCGGUCACGGACCUCCUGGGCACCCUGCUGGCCAGCCCUGUCACCAUCGCCACCUACAUGAAGGGCUCGUGGCCGGGCGGCGAGCCGCUGUGUCAGUACUCCGGCUUCAUCCUCAUCUUCUUCUUCUUGGUCCAACUCAGCAUUGUGUUCGCAAUGUCAGUGGAGAGGUACAUGGCGAUCAACCACGCGUAUUUCUACAACCAGUACGUCAACCAGAAGCUCGCCGCGCUCACUCUCCUGGUCAUCUACAUCUCCAGCACCGUGUUUUGCGCGCUGCCCAGCAUGGGGCUCGGCCAGGUAAAGCUCCAGAACUCGAAGACCUGGUGCUUCAUCGACUGGCAGAACAACCACACAACAGUGGCGACUUUUAACCUGAUGUACGCGGGUGCGAAUGCUGUGAUCGUGCUGGCCACUGUCAUCUGUAACGUGAUGGUGUGCGGGGCGCUGAUCCUGAUGCACAAGCGCUUCAUCCGCCGCACGUCUUUGGGCACGGACCAGCGGCGCAUCGCGGAGCUCCGGCGCAGACGGAGUUUCGGACGUUUAGCCGGGGCAGAGAUCCAGAUGGUGAUCCUGCUGAUAGCAACCUCCCUUGUGGUUCUCAUCUGCUCCAUACCUUUAGUGUGGAGGAUCUUUGCGAAUCAGCUGCACAUAAACCAGAGUGAAAAGCGAGUAGAGGACCUGCUGGCCAUCCGCAUGGCCUCAGUCAAUCCCAUCUUGGACCCUUGGAUCUACAUCCUGCUCAGAAAGACUGUGGUGCUCAAGAUGAUGGAGAAGAUCAAGUGUCUGUUCUGCAAAAUGGGCGGGCAGGGACGCAGGAGCGGCGGGCAGUUCCGCUGCGCCGACGGCCGCCUCAACUCCUCCAUCGUCUCCCGGGACUCUCCCUCGCUGGUGUCGCGGGAGCUCCGGGAAUUGGUGAGCACCUCGCAGACCUUCCUGUAUCCAUCUGAGGGAAACCCCAGGAGGUCGUUUCAAGCGGGGGCGCAGUGCGGCUCCAGUCUGCCAUCUGCACAGACGUUACAAGGUCCCCAGGCGGGCGAGGGGCCUCAGAGGGAGCUUUCACAGAGCGAUUUAGAGGACGACGCGCCUGGCAGGCCACUGAAUGUGCUCCCAGUGUGUCCCAAGGACUCUCUACAUGUGACUUUCACUGAUGAGACUGCAAACAUACAAGAGAAAUGCAUAUGAGGUGAGAGUCCGAUAAUGGAAAAGACUGAACUAUCGCCCAUCAAUCUGUAGAUAUCUAGUGGACUUCUACUACAAGGACGCAUUACUGAUCUAAAUACCUAUUAUCAAUGUAUUACUCCUCAGUCAUAACUCAACACAAACACCGUAUCACUCUUCAGUACAAUCAGUUAUGUCAAGAAAAACCAUAGAGACCAACAUGGCGUUGCCGAGGAGCUCUUUUGUUGCACUUUUUGAAUUGUGAAACCACUGUGAGGCUGUUGACGAUGACUGUUUUCUAGCAUUUUUUGACAGCCAACACCAUGACUGUAAGGAGCUGAUGAUAAAAUGUGAAACAGUGGUCCACGAUGAUGUUAAUUUAUUAUAUAAGUAUGUUGUCGUCCAACCCAGUCGCCAGAAUACAUGUUGUCAAUGCACAGUUCUGCAAACCACAGAUAUGUUGCAGUGUUUUGUUGUGUUUACAUUUUUAGGUUUUAAAUUUAGGAAAAGAUGAUUUAUUGGCUAAGAAUGCCUGUUUUGUUUCCCAGAAUGUGGCUGAGGAUGUCCUAAAAAAUCUUCCAAAAGACAUCCAACAGGGUCAUCCUUAAAAUGCUGAAACACAGUGCUGGCAGCCUAUCCUGCGUUCCCAUUCCCUCCCCUUCCUGAUUUAAAAGUCAGGUCGUAAACAUGUAAGCGUGACAUGACACGUAUUGUCGAAACGUCAACAUGAUAAGUAGCCUAUUACACAUUUAUAAUGUGAGCGUAUCAGUGGUUUGCAGGAGCGUUAAGUGCCAACAUUUGAUUCUGCAUUGCGACCGGGCGGUAUUUCUCUUCUCUGUGAGAAGGUUCAGAUAGUUUGGAGCCAUUUUAAAUCGGUACAAGAUGAAUAUGUUCAUAGUUUUUUGUUUGUUUUUUCUUUUUUUUUUCUUUUCUUUUUUUUUUUUUGGUACAUAAGAACAUUUGCAAACAAUUUGGUUUGGAUGACGGAGCAGCUCCAACAUCAAAGCUAGAUGCAUACCAUCCCCUGCAUUUCAUAAUAAAAGGCAGCUAUACUGGGGCUUUUCCACAGUGCAGAUGCUGUAGGAUGUUAGGAGUCUUCUUACACUAAUGUCUUCAUAAAACAAGUUACCUGACUCUUUUCAGGCCAUUACUUUCAAAGGAUUAAUCCAACUUCAUCUUAUUUCAGCUUAAUGUAAUGUGCAACGCCUCUCAUUUAGUCCGACUUAAGAAGGGGAACAUAAAUUGAAUACAUUGUUUAGUCUCCUCUCCGAUAAGUUUAAAGGUUUUGUCCAAUGAAUUUCCUGAAGUUACUGUGAGGAUUUACAUUUAAUUUCAGCUAUAAAGAUUGAAUUGAAUAUCAUUAUAUGAUAUAUAUUCAAUGUUAGAGUUUUUGUUGUGGAAAACAAACUGGUGUGAAAUGUACCACUAAAGGUUGGCACUCUUGUCAAAACACUUAUAUUGUACCACAUGAAUAAAUAAAAGUUGAUAAAUAUUCAUAUAA